AGAUGGUUUUACGGUAACCAAGCGCGAUGCUUACACUAUGUAUCUGGGCGCUGAUCAUCUGUGAUGCCUCCUCUACUACUUACAACAUCGGCACAACGGCCACGAAGGGCUCGUUUGCGUACGAGAACAUCCGCUACGGUGUUGAAAAAUGGAAUAGUGCCAAUGCGGCUCACACGGGUGUCUCACUCAAUAUUGUUGCCACUGAACUCCAUAAUUCUGGAUUUGAGGAGAAAAUGUGCGAUGUGAUGCAACAUAGUGUCGUCGCUAUACUUAUUCCUGUAUAUGAGGACCGACUAGAUGAAUUACUGAUGAAAUCAAUGUGCCACCACUUUCGAAUACCGUGCCUUUCACUAAAAAUGGGCAAUCGUGCAGAAUUUGCCCCUGAUUUUAUUACGAGUGUUGGACCUGCACGUGGUCUGGGAGCCAGUGCAACUAGCGAGUUCCUAGAAAAUCUUCGAUGGACAUCGUUCCUUCUCGUCUACCAGUAUGAAUACGAUCUGGAGGAGCUAGCCCCUCUUAUAUAUGAUCGUCGUUCAACUCACUACGCGGGACAUCGCGCAUCUGUGCAACUCAGAAGAUUGCCGAACAACACCGACAGUUACGAGCCAUUUCUCAAAUAUGUACGGAAUCGAUUGAAACAGACUAAUAUCGUGAUACAUUCAAACAACAUCACAAUACUCUAUGCUUUGCUCCAACAAGCAAGAGGGAUCAAUAUGACUGAACCACCGUUCUCCUAUAUUUUCACUAACACAGACCUGUCACUGCUGGAAGACUUUCUCAACAACGUUUACGGCUCAUUUCAUUGCAACAUAACCGGUUUACAAUUGGUGAAAAAUGACCCAAUGAUGAAGACAAUACUUGCUCUCACUUCAGAAGCAGUUUGGGCAAUAGGAACGGCACUACAGAAGAUGACAGAGUUGAAAAGGCCACCUCGACCGGCUGCUUUACUUUGCGAUGCAAAAGACACGUGGAAUGAUGGAUCAAGAAUGAAUGAUGCCAUCCGCAGGCUCCGGGGCAGCCAGCAACUCACUGGCGAUGUUCAUUUCGAUUCGAGGGGCGAACGCGAAGAUCUGGUGUAUUAUGGCAUUGGUAGGAUCAAUUCACAGUUUGUCAAGGUAUACUUCUUAUCUGCUGCGCACUAG